AUGCCUAAGCACAAUUUUGCAACGUUGACAUAUGUUAGUAAAACCGUACAUAUCAUCACAACUACUUUGUACAUCCAGGUGGAUUAUACCGCGUUAUUUUCAGGACAAAUUGGGCUUUCUUUUGGAGGUAAAUGAGCUCUCAGCGACACCCCGGUCUUUGUGCUGGGAGCGCGCUGUGCGCAAAUAUGCGGCCCCACGGAAAAAAAGCCCAGUUCUGUGAGGCCGCAUAUUUGUGUUAUGUCGGCAUCAAGGGGUUGA